AUGGAGACCGCAGAGGCCAGGAGCAGCGAGGAGGAGCCAGGUGUAACGGCGGUGUCUUGCGGCUCGUCUCAUUCCGUUGCCAUACUUAGCUGCGGAAUUGUCACGUCAUGGGGUCGUGGUGAGGAUGGCCAGCUGGGUCAUGGCCAGGCGGACGAGUGUCUCGCACCGAAGGCCAUCAGCACUCUGACAGAUGCUGGAAUUGAAAGCGUGGUCUGCGGAGCAGAAUACACUAUUGCAGUAGCUCCAUCCAGAGGACAAGUCUACAGCUGGGGAUGGGGUGACUUUGGUCGCCUGGGCCAUGGGGACUGCAACGACGUGUUCGUGCCCCGGCCUAUAGAGUUCUUUUCGGGCCGCCCGGUGCACCGUGUGGCGUGUGGUGACACCCACACGCUGGUGGUGGCGGGGGAGGGGGAGCUCUUCACAUUCGGCCGCAACCAGAACGGACAGCUCGGUCUGGGACACACCAACGACUGCUUGUCACCGCAGUUGGUGGUCGCACUCCAGGGUGAGCGGGUUCGCAGUGUGGCCUGCGGGUCGGAGCACUCCCUGGCGGCCACGGAAAGUGGAACGGUAUUUUCCUGGGGGUGGGGCAGGUACGGCAACCUGGGGGAUGGAGAGUCCCAGGACAGGUACCUGCCCACUCGCGUGGUGGGCUUGGAGGGUAUACGGAUGGUAUCAGCGGAAUGCGGCUGGCGGCACAGCGCAGUGGUUUCGGAGGACGGCCGGGUCUUCACUUUCGGGUGGAGCAAGUACGGCCAGUUGGGGCAUGGAGACCACACCGAUCGUACUGUUCCCUGCCAGGUAGCGGCUCUCCGACACACCCGUAUCAGCUCAGUAGCGGGGGGGUGGAGGCACACCAUGGCGGCGGAUAGCAGUGGCAACCUGUACGGCUGGGGUUGGAACAAGUUCGGUCAGCUAGGUCUGGGUGAUUCGUCUGACCGGCCCUCCCCCGUGCUGGUGGGCGGCGCUCUGGCUGGUCAGCGAGUGAGCCUCGUGACGUGCGGCUGGCGGCACACGGUGGCGGUCACGGAGGGGGGCCGGGUGUACAGCUGGGGGAGGGGGGUCAACGGGCAACUGGGACAUGGAGCGGAACAAGACCUGUGA